GAAAAUUAUGCGUCAGGAAAAAAUAGGAAUUCUCAUACGCAUUACUAAAACUCCACAGCUGGACAACAUGAAAAUUCUCAAGGAAUUGCUGUACCCCAGUGAAGAGCUGGUGAUUGGCACGACCAAGAAAAAGGUAAAUAUUGAAGUACUAAGGAGAAAGCACGUGAUACUCCUCAUAUCCGGGCUUGAUAUCCACCAGGAUGAAAUUAUAAUUCUCAGUCAUUGUCAAGCUGAGUUAGCUGACCCGUUGGUGAGGCAAGGUCAGGAGAAGCAUUACGAAAUGGUGUGGCUCCCAAUUGUGGACAAUGUUGCAAAAGACCAAUAUUCCCCUGAGGAGAAUCGUCGUGAUUUUGAGCGUCUGCAGGCAAUGAUGAUAUGGUAUACAGUGCUCGAUCCUUUUGCCAUCGAACCAGCAGUCAUUGAGUUUGUCAAGAACAUCUGGCAUUUUGAGAAAAGGCCAAUUGCAGUUUCUUUGGAUCCACAAGGAAGGGUGGCCUCCGAGAAUGCACUUCCCAUGAUGUGGAUUUGGGGGAAUCUUCCCUUCCCUUUCAGUAAGGAGAGAGAGGAAGCUUUAUGGAAGUCAGCGCGCGUAUGCUACUUGGAGACUAUGACAAAAGAGAAUACUUUCAUAUGCUUGUAUGGAGGUGAUGACAUUGAGUGGAUCCGGAAAUUCACAACAGAAGCAAAAGCUGUUGCCAAGAAUGCUCAAAUCACUCUAGAACUGUUUUAUGUGGGAAAGAGCCAUGUAGCAAGGGAGAGGAUGAGGAAAAUCACUGAAAUAAUCGCCAAAGAUCAGCUUAGUGAUUGCUGGACAGGAACAGAACUGACAUAUCAGUGGUACUUUUGGGUAAGGCUAGAGAGCAUGUUGUACUCAAAACUACAGAGUAACCAGACAGCCGAGAAUGAUGCGGUAAUGAAGGAGCUCACGACUGUGUAUAGCUUCAAUGGUGGGGAGCAAGGAUGGGCAGUAGUGUGCAGAUCAUUAAGUGAUGAAAUGGCGACAGGGAAUGGAGAGAUUGUUCUGAAAAGCCUGCAAGAGUUCGAAAAAUGGAAAGAAGAGGCUGCGAAUAAUCGGUUUGUGCAAGCACUCAGAGAAUAUAUGGAGAAGCUUCACACACCAGAACACUGCACCCGCCUCAUCCUUCCUGGGACGACAAGUACUUGGGGCCUCCCUCCAGAUACGAAGGUCGUUUGUGCAGUUUGUCUCCGUCCUAUGGAGAGGUACUUGUUGUACCGCUGCUGUACCGAUUAGGUCACGUACGUGCAUGGUUGACUUCAUCAGCAUGCAUACGUACGUACGUAAGUGAAAUGAUUCAUGACCCGGCCCCUACCAGAUCCGAAAAUAAAGCUCAUUCAGUGUUUUUUUACAUAUAAAAAGUACCAUAUUUGCAAAGAGAUCUUAUAAAACUCAAAUAAAAAAUGGAUCAUAUGGCCAUUUGAUUUAUUAGAUCUACUUUAUUCACAAUAUAUAUGAUCUUUGUGAACUUCACU